AUGAGUACAAGUAAAUACUCAAAAAUGAUAUCAAGUAAACAUGGAUAUAAAAAAACAAGAAUUAAGAAUAAUACAUCAGAUUCGGAUUUAUUUAAUUUGGUAAUGCCAAAAGCAGAUGUUGUUGGAUUUAAAUCAAAACAAGGUGGUAUUUCAAGACAAGCUAUAUCAUGGGCUAAAUUUGCAAGAUUAAAUAAUUUUUAUAUUUGGUUAUUUUUAGCGGCAGUUGGUUUAUUAGGAUCAAUUUAUUUGGUAGCGGUAGAUUUAAUAUUUAAAUAUGUUGUAUUUUCAUGGAGAGAAGCAUUCAUGAGCUUGACAGAGAAUUAUUUCUUACAAUAUCUUAGCUUCAUUGCAUGGACUGUUGCAUUGGCGACUGGAAGUUGUUUCAUCAUUAAAAAGAUAUGUCCUGCAGCUGUUGGAUCGGGUAUACCAGAUUUAAAAUCAAUAUUCUCUGGAUUUUGGAACCCAUUCGUUGUGGCACCUAUGGUGUUGUUAUGGAAAACCAUUGGUUUGCUAUUAUCUUAUGGUAGUGGGUUGUCAAUUGGUAAGGAGGGACCAUACAUUCAUAUCAGUGCGACAUUGGCAAAUACAUUACUCUCAAUUAAACCAUUCAAAUCAAUCGCUCAAAAUGAUACUCAACGUUCUCAAUUGUUGGCAGCAUGUUGUGCUUUGGGUGUUGCCGCUACAUUUGGGUCACCCAUUGGUGGAGUAUUAUUCUCAAUUGAGGCCACUGGUACUUUUUAUUUAAUUUCAAACUAUUGGAGAGCAUUUUUCACAGCUACUGUUGGUGCGGUCGGUAUUAAAAUCCUCUUGUCAAAUCCUUCAAAUGAUCUAUUGGAAUCUUUUCGUACUCAUUUCGCUGAUUUAAAUCUUGCAAGUGCUCAAUUAAUUGCUUUCAUCAUUUUAGGUGUACUUUGUGGUUUAUUAGCUUCAUUAUUCAUCUCUCUUUAUACUAAAAUUUAUAAUUGGAAAAAACAUAAUGCUGAACUUUUUAAAAAGAUAACACCAUUUGGUGAAGUUAUAAUUGUAGCAGCAGCAACAGCAAUUUUAAGUUUUCCAUUAAAAUUUUUAAGAUUAGAUCAUGCGACAGCAGUACAUACAAUGUUUACAGCAACACCAGAUAGUGAUAAUAGUGAGGUAUUAUCGGAGUUGGCAGUUUGGACCGAUUCAAUGCCAUUCAAUCAUGGUAUUAUUUUAGCAUGUUUUUUAUAUGUAGUUGUCAAAUUGGUAUUAACAGCCGUCUCUAUUACAUUACCAAUUCCAUAUGGUAUUUAUAUUCCAUUGUUUGCAAUUGGUUCAGCAGUUGGUAGAUUCGUUGGUGAACUUAUGUUGGUUUUAUUCCCAAAUUCAAAAGAGAUUUAUCCAACUGGUUAUGCUGUGGUAGGAGCGGCUGCACUUUGUGGUGGUGCCACUAGAACCGUAAGUUCAGCAAUGAUUAUUUUGGAAUUAACAAACGAUUUAACAUAUAUGGUACCAGUAUUAUUGGGUGUAGUACUUUCUUGUGGUAUUGGUAAUCUAUUAAAUCAUUCAAUCUAUGAUUGUUUCCUAAAGAAUAAGAAUUUACCAUAUUUACCAUUCUAUAAAGCGAAAUCCGAUAGUUUAAUAGCACGAGAUGUAAUGAAACGUGACCUCUACUAUGUUUGUCAAAAUACAACUUUAUCUCAAAUUUCAAAUCUCUUAAAGAGAGUCGAUGAACAUUCAAUUCCAGUAGUUUCCUCAGAUAAUGAUUUACAAUUAAUUGGUACUAUCUCAACAACAACUUUAGAAGAAGUAAUUGCAUAUCAUGAACGUUUGCAUUCUUAUUCAAAAUCACCAUUAUCUUUAUCUGAUAAUGGUAUUGAUAUAAAUGAUAAUGACAAUAAUGAUAAUAUUAAUAAUAAUCAAAAUAAUAAUAAUAAUAAUAAUAAUAAUAAUAAUAAUAAUAAUAGUAAUAAUCAAAAUAAUUCACUAGUUAGUGAAGCAAUUGAAAUGAAUGUUUUAUCAGAUUCAGAUAAUGAUGAAAAUAAUAAUUUAAUACCAAAUAUUCCAAUUAAUGAUAAUAAUAUUAUUAUUCAAAAUAAUAUAAGAAAUAAUAAUAAUAAUAAUUUUAGCGAUAAUAAUAAUAAUUAUAAUAAUAAUAAUUAUAAUAAUAAUAAUAAUAAUAAUAAUGAUAAUAAUACGAAUAAUGAUAAUAAUAUAAAUAAUAAUUCAAACGAUAUAAAUGAGUCAAUCUCAGAGGAAACAACAAUUGAUUUAGUUCAAAUGGAGUUACAAAAUCCUUGGGUUGUCAUUGAUUCAUCCCCAUUCCAAAUUCAAGAAACGAUGCCAGUUAGAAAGAUCGUUUUUAUGUUUAUGAUGUUGGGCGGUAAUAUUUUAUAUGUUACCAACAAAGGAAAAUUAACUGGUGUUGUUGCGAAAACGGAAUUAGUGCAUCAAAAUAAUAAUAAACAUUAA